AGUUUUCUUUUGUUGCUCAUUUUGUAAAUAUCGUGCAGUUUGUUGUUGUCCGAUUUUAACUGUUUUUCCUAAGAAAAUUACAAGAUUUCCUUUUAUUUUGCUGAUAUUAUUAGAAUAUUCAUUAAAAGUUUAACAGUUUCGAUUUAGAUCUUUAACUAUAAACACAACUAGCAUUUGAAAAAUGUCACAAUUAAGACCCCUAAACGCUGAACUAGAGGAAAUUGCCUGUAGGGAUUUGAAUGAAAUUAAUGACAACAUACCUCAAGAUUUGCAGUCACUACGUGCUUGGCUGGAAAAACAACCUCAUUUAAAGUCGAGAACUGAUGAUCAGUUUUUAAUAGCAUUUUUACGAUUCUGUAAAUAUAAUUUAGAAAGUGCUGAACAACGCAUAGAUUAUUUUUAUACCUAUAAAACAACGGCAAAGGAUUUACUUAAAACAAGGCGUAUAGAUGAGAAAAUUUUGGAAUUAGCACAAUCGGACAUACUUUACACUUUACCCAAGCCGGCCGGAGGACCGGGUGGCCCUCGUAUACAUGUUACACUUAUGGGCAAUAUAAAUCCUUCUCAACACUCAGUGGCCGAUAUUUUUCGUUAUCAUAUUAUACGCAGUGAAAUCGAAAUUAAUACCGAUGACAAUUGGAAUAUAGCGGGUGUUAUUGAGAUAGUAGAUUUCUCCAAAAUACCUUUCGCCUUUUUAAAACAAUUUGAAUUGGGUUUGUUUAAACAAAUGUCAGCCAUUUUAGAACAUGGUAUACCCACCAAUUUAAUGGGCACCCAUAUAGUGAAUGCCUCCCGAGAGGUGCAAAUUAUUAUGAGUUUAAUAAGGACUGUGAUGAAACAAAAGGAAUUGCUACAUGUUCAUCCAAAUUUGGACUCGUUGCAACAAGCUAUAGGUAAAGAAUAUUUACCGGUGGAAUAUGGUGGUUCUAAUGGUACUCUUAAGGAGGCUGCUGAGAAUUACGAAAAACUUUUAUUAAGUUUUAAAAGUUAUUUCGAUGAAGAUGAGCAAUAUGGUGUGGAUGAAAAAUUGCGUCAGGGAGCUAAUGUUAGCGAUAAAGCAAGCGGUUUUUUUCGUAAAUUUAUUAUAGAUUAAAUGCGUCUUGACAGAAUAUGUUUCCAUUUUAUAGUUUUUAUUGUGUAAAGAUAUUUAUA